AUGGCGCUCAAACAACCUGUCACGCAGGUCCGCCUAACAAACGUCGCGGUUGUGCGCUUGCGGCAACACGGUCACCGCUUCGAAGUAGCCUGCUACAAAAACAAAGUUCUCAACUGGCGAGCAGGAAUCGAGGACGAUCUGCGAGAGGUACUGCAGACGAAUGCAGUCUUCCACAAUGUCUCGAAAGGGGAAUUUGCGAAACGCGACGCUCUCCUGGCCGUCUUCAAUACCGUGGACCAGGAGCGAAUCUGCAAGAUCAUCCUCGAUAAAGGCAAGUCCUCUCCGUCACCGGCGUCCGAGAGGACGGCAGCCGCAGACGCGCUGCCUCCCGGCCUGCUGCGCUUGGCUUCGCGGAUCCACGGCGUCGCCGCGCCGGAUGCUUCGACGCCCUGUGAGCUGCAGGUGUCGGAGAAGGAGCGGCAAGCGGCGCUGGCAGCUGCGUUGCAAGACGUGAUUUCUUUGGUGAUUGAGAUGACCGUGAAUGUGCGGACAGGGUUGCCCCUGACGCGCACGGCUGCGGCGUCGGCGCUGAAGCAGGCGGGGUUCGGAGUGAAGCUCGGCGUGGCCUCGAAGGCGCAGGCGCUGAAGGCGGUGGUCCUCUUGCAGAGAAAGCUGGGGCCCGACGCCAUUGCUCGCCGCAUGAUGCGUCUGAAAGCCGAGUGUGCGGCGGAACACCGCGAGCGCGUCUGCAAGUUCGUCACCGAGCAGUGCGGGGGUGUCGUCGAACACGAGCGCCUUCUUCGAGGCGGCGGCGAAGAAGAAGAGAGCGCAGAGACGCCAGACAGAAGGGAGAGAGAAGAGAGAGCAGAGGACGGGGUCGGGGGGACUGCGGAGUCGACGGGGGCGAGAGACGCGAGAAGGCGUGAAUUCUCACAGAGCCAAGCAGCCGGACGAGGACAGCGGGGCAAAGGGGGAGACGGUAGGGACGUCGAAGAGGCGAUGGGCGACCAUUCGAACGCAGACACGUUCGCGGGCGACCGCGAGGAACGGACAGCGCGUGCGAGCCGCCCCCCAGGCGCCCUUGAGCGAGGCCGUGAGGCAGAGACGCCGUCCGGGGACUCAGGCUGUGUCUCCGCGCAGAAACGGAGCGUUGACUCUGGCAAGCGAGGCUCGGAGGCGACCUACAGCGUCGUGUUCCUCAGCCCCGCGAGUUGCUAUCGCGAGCUCGACACCCUGUUGCACAGCGUCGGCGGCAGUCUCGUUCUCCUCGCGGCGAACUGCAUUCAAGCAUGUCAGCCUGACUGGCGAGCCUGUAGCUCGAAGACGCCUGCAGGGGAGACGGGCGAAGGGGCGAGCGACUGUGCACCGCGAGCGGGCCAGGAGCGGGAGAGAAGACGGACGGGGCGGCGCACGGAGGCGGACGCGGAAGGCGAGGCAGGCCAAGGUCUCUCGCCGAAGGGCGAGCAGGCGAAGAAGAGACGCGACGCAGCAAGGCGGAACAGAGGCUGCGGAGGCGACUCCAGUGAGGAGGGAAACGGCGACGCAUGCGGAGACCGGGCACUCCGAGACGGCGAAGAGGAAGGGAAAGCGAGACGGAAGAAGGCGGGGAACAGGUCUCAGCGACGCGCGGACGUGCAGAUCCCCCGCGCCCUCAAAAUGGGCGACAGUCGAGAAGCGGCGAGUUGCCUACCGCAUGUACUCGAGGCCACUGCGCGAGGGACACAGCUCGCGGCCUCUCCAGAGGACUGGGAGGCGGCUGCGAUGGCCUGGCUGAGACGAGAUCCUCUCGCGGAACCUCUCCAAAUGCGGAGUGGCGGAACCAGCCGUUCCUCGGCCAGCGACGAGGACGAAUCUAGCGAAGAGGACCCGCCCAUCCUGGGCCGUCAGCCGCAGCCCUCGACGCGAAAAGGAAAGAAAGAGAAGAGAGGCCGAAAGAGCGAAGCCAGCGGCGACAGACACACUUUGCACAACGGGCGCGAGCACGUCGUCUCUCUCUCACAUCCCGAAUUCCACGCCGAGGCGUCGGGCGCGUCUCCUCUGUGCAGUGCAGACUCUCUAGGUUUUGGCGUCCCCGCUUCUCCAGACACAAGACGGAGUGGCGCUGGCGUGCAAGCGAGCGCUGCCCAGCGAGAAGUUCACUCUUCGUUGUCUUCGCACGUGGCAGGGAGCAGAGAGCGCACAACGUUCGGUGCCCCAGACGCGACAGGUGUGCACAGGAAGAAGGAGAAGCAGGCGCAGAGGGGCGGCGCCUUCGCUUGCCGCACCUGCCAUCUCGCGUUUGACGCAGCUGCAGACUACAGACAACACUGCAAGUCGUCUUUGCAUGCGAUGAACUUGAAGCGGCGAGUGAAAGAUCUCCCGCCGUUAACGGAAGAAGGCUGGCGAGAAGCGCAACUGGAUGAGCAGCUGGCCGUUCAACUCGAAGGCAUGGUCAUGCCCGAAUACUAA